AUGUCUUCCUCCCCAAACGCCCAGACUGUCCCAACUCUCCUCAUCUCCCGCGACGGCAAGACCAUCCAAUACGGCCGCAUCCCCCUCGCCGACUUCCUCGACUCCUCCAAGUGGGACCUCUCCCCAAUCAGCAAGUCCCUCGGCCUCCCACUCAAAGCCAACGGCAACGCCAGCGAUCUCUCCACCGCCUCGAACAAAGACGAGCACAUCUACGCCAACGCAUUCUUCAUCAACUACGAUCCAUACAGCAGCGGCUUCGGUAAGCCCGUCCGCGCCCCGUACGUCGGCGAGCACGUCAUCCUCGCCCGCUGCGACGGCUUGCCGAUCGACGAUAUGGUAGUCACCGCGAUGCACGGCCACUUCACAGCCCUGACCUGCGACGGAAAGUGCGGCAGCAAGUACGUGUGCAAGUGUCCCGGCGACAGCGCUCUUAGCAAGAAAGCCAUCGCCAACGCGUGCACCAAGAAGACCUUCUCGGCUAUGCUGGACCAGGCUUUGGGCAUGAUGGCGACGAUGCCUGGUGUUGGAAAGAUCGAGAAUCCUCUCAACGAGAAGGAGCAGGAGGGAGCGAUGCCGUUCUGUGGUGGGUGUGGGAUGGCGAGGAAGGAGGAUGGUGGGGAGUUGAUGAAGUGUGCCAAGUGCUCGAAGGCGGUCUAUUGUGGUAGGAAGUGUCAGAAGGGGGAGUGGAGGGAGCAUAAGACGGUGUGCAAGGAGGAGGAGAAGGCUUAG